UUGCAGAAAAGGUACAGUUUGGCUGUUGGUCCUCCCAAAAAGGUUCCAAAAGUCAAGGGUGUAGAGUCUGCAGCAGUGCAAGCAUUUCUCAGGCGGCAAGAAGAAGAAAAAAGAAAAAAAGCACUGGAAGAAAGAAGAAAGAAAGAAGAACUCUUGGCUAAACGUAUUGAACUGAAACAUGACAGAAAGGCAAGAGCUAUGGCCUCACGAACAAAGGAUAAUUUUUAUGGCUAUAAUGGAAUUCCUGUUGAAGAGAAGCCUAAAAAGAGGAGGACUUGUGAGAAUGUUGCUCAGGCCCCUGAGACUGAGUAUGCAACAGAAGAUGAAACUGAGCAACUCGAAUACAGUCAGACUGAAUCUGAGCAUGAGCAAGAAGAAUAUGAAGAGAAACCAUCCAAAUUUGCAGUGAAACCAAAGGCACCUCCCAAAAGUGCACCAGCACCUCUGAACUUCGCAGAUCUCUUAAGGCUUGCUGAAAAAAAACAGUAUGAACCAGUAGAAAUAAAAGUAGUGAAAAAGGUAGAAGAAGAGAGACCCAGGACAGCAGAAGAAUUGAGAGAGAGGGAGUAUUUGGGACGCAAAAACAAAAGAGUAGAAAUGCAUAAGAAAAAUGAGAAGGAGAUUAGAAAUACAGGGAUAUCCAGUUCUUCAAAAAAAGUAAUUGCUCAGAAAGAUUCUGUAAAUGCAAAACUUAAAAAAAGCUCAGUAGAUAAACAUCCCACACCAAAAGGCAGUCUGUCAUCUUCUAUGAGUGGUACUGAUAAGAAAUUCAAAGCACCAGCAUUGACUGAAAAACACUCACGGUCAUCAUCUUCCUCUAGAUUUGAGCAAAUGGAGAAAAACUCACAAAAUGGCUCUUUAAAAAGCUCUACUGGUAGCAGUCAUACUAAAGUACCUGUCAAUGGUAUUGGAAAGUCUGGCUCAAGCUCUCAUGUGCCACCCUCAAAACCAGCAGCCAAUGGGGCUCAGAGGUUACCAUCUGCUAAAGAAUCUAGCCUGAAAAAGGCUGUCCAUACAAAAUCAGGAAAUGCUGCAGCCCUUCAGCAUGGAAUCAGCUCCAAUGCAAAACGAUCAGGCAGCAGCUUAGGAAAAGGAGGACCUGGACAUCCAGGUGGUGGUCCAAGUGCAGGACCUGGGCGAUCAAGCAGCAAUUCUGGUGUAGGUCCUGGAAGGCCAGGAAGUGGUUUAAGCCCAGGACCUGGGCGACUGGGCAGUGGCUCAGGCACAGGACCUGGAAGGCCAGGCAGCAGCUCAAGCCUAGGACCUGGGCAACUGGGCAGUGGCUCAGGCACAGGACCUGGAAGGCCAGGCAGCAGCUCAAGCCUAGGACCUGGGCAACUGGGCAGUGGCUCAGGCACAGGACCUGGAAGGCCAGCUGGCAGCUCAAGCACAGGACCUGGGCGACCUGGCAGCAGCUUGGGCACUGGACCAGGAAGGCCAGGCAUCGGCACAAAUGCAGGACCUGGGCGACCAGGCAGCAGUGCACGACCGGGCAGCAGCUUGGGAACAGGACCAGGAAGGCCAGGCAUCAGCCCAAGUGCAGGACCAGGGCGACCAGGCAGUGGCUUGGGUACAGCUGUAAAACCGAAGUGUACUGUGGUGUCAGAAACUAUUUCUUCUAAAAACCUGGUCACAAGACCUAGCAAUGGACAGAUAAAUGGAGCAAGAUCUUUUCAAGGACAUAGACCUGUGUUACAUCCACAAGGUCUCGGAAGACCACCUGUUGGUUACAAGAGACAAAUAGAAGAUGAUGAUGAUGAUGAAUAUGACUCUGAAAUGGAUGACUUCAUUGAAGAUGAAGGGGAACCCCAAGAAGAAAUAUCAAAACAUAUUCGGGAAAUAUUUGGCUAUGACCGGAAAAGAUACAAAGAUGAAAGUGAUUAUGCCUUACGUUAUAUGGAGAGCAGCUGGAGAGAGCAACAGAAAGAAGAAGCUAGGAGCUUGAGACUUGGUGUUCAGGAGGACUUGGAAGAAUUGAGAAGGGAAGAAGAAGAAUUAAAGCGCAAGAGACAGUCUAAGAAGCUGAGGACACGUUAAUUGACUUCUGGUGUUGACUUUUUCCAUGUUCCUGCUAUCCUCUGCCUCCAUACAUCUCUUAUUCUACUUCAGUUUCCAUUUGCUUGUUAGAGGGCAAAAGAAUAUUUAAAGGGAUUAAAGUACUGAAAAGCAAGG